AUGGAACCGCCCCCGACUGGUCUCCCCCAGCUUUCAUCCUAUCUCCCAACGUCUUCUUCCGACAUACGUUCCUCUAGCAUGACCACCACCGGCAUCAACGGUAGCAUGGGAGCCAAGAAGCGACGCAACAGUAUAGAAGACGCCUUUAUUCCAAAUUCCUUAACUCCUCACCACCGCCAGGACGAGCGGCUCAAGAGAAAACAGACCCCUUUAGAGGUCUCGGUAGACGUCGAAGACAAAGGGUCAAAAGCUGUGUCAUUUUCGCGACUCAACAGUAUCUAUCAAGCUGAAGAACAGGUCAUGUCCAAGGGGUUGUCAUUUUCGUCUACAGAGCCCACGCAAGAUGGUGAUAUAACAAACAUCGACACAACCAGUUAUUUCGCGUCACAGCCAGCUACCCCACGUCGCGAACGUACCUCCAGGUAUUUGAGCGAGAGUGACCGCCGAGAGAUCAUCACGCGAAUCGAUGGUGGCGAAAAGCAGGUAGCGUUGGCAAGGGAAUUCUGUGUAAGCCGCGCUGCAAUUUGCAACCUCUACAAAAAUCGAUGGGAGGUGCUCACACGAGGAAGUCGUAGCUCCGAGUCAAAACACCCGAGAUCAAAUAAGAGGUCGCGCAGCAGGAGACCGAGCCCACGGCUCACGUCGCAGCCACCGGCCACCGAGAUUAGCUCAGCUAUACCUGCACCGAUUACGGUAUACCCAGACGUAUCCACGAUAUCAAUUGGUACGGAUGGGACUCCGCGCGAUAGCAAAGACAGCCCUGUUGCAUCACGGCCGUUCCUCGUCCACGAGGCUUCGGCGUACUCGUAUCCGUGCAGAAACUUAAUUGCUGCUUUGAGAGACGAAAGCAUCAGCGCGGGAAUGUUUCAGCAACGGGCCACACGGCUGCUACGGCUUUUGAUCGAAGAGGCACUUACGUGCUUGCCUCACGACCACGUCCAGAUUAAGAACCGAUUCGGAGACGUGUGCUACGCAACCACAGCUCUGGAUGAGCGAGACGUCUGUGGCAUAUCAAUGGAGGAUAAGGGCAUGGUACUACUGCGUGCCUUCUCCACCAUCAGCCCGACGUCACCCACUGGUGUAGUUUCAAUAAACCCCAGAACAGCAGAAGACAAGAACAGCGACGAGGAGGGGCUGGCUACCAUUCAUGCGCAGCUACCCCCUGUUAGCCCUCACCAGGUCGUACUACUACUUGACGUGCAGUGUGCCACAGGAAACGAGGCAUGUGCGGUGUUGUACCAUCUAAUUCACGAGAAGCAGAUACCCGCUAAGAGCAUUAACUUUGUGACGAUCAUCAGCUCGUUUGAGGGUCUUCAGACUGUAUACCGACACUUUCCAGACGUCACGCUGAUCACUGCUCAAGUGGACACCGUUCUCGACGCAGACCAACGCAUCCGACCGGGGAUUGGCGACUUCACGCAGCGGUUCUGGAACGUUCACUUCGACGCCAGCGCCUUUUAA